GUGGGGUUGGCCGGGAAGGACACUAAAGGCAGGGCUCCCCACACAGCUGGCAGCCACAUUUGCAGCCUGUCUGUCUGUCUGUCCAGAACCUGCUCGCGCCUCUGUCGGUGACCGCACUAUGAGCUCUGACCUGGAGACGGCCAUGGAGACCCUCAUCAGCGUAUUCCACACACACUCCGGCAAGGAGGGGGACAAGUACAAGCUGAGCAAGAAGGAGCUGAAGGAGCUGCUGCAGAGCGAGUUCUCAGGCUUCCUGGAAGCCCAGAAGGACACAGAAACUGUGGACAAGCUGAUGAAGGAACUCGAUGAGAACGGAGAUGGGGAGGUGGACUUCCAAGAGUAUGUCACCUUUGUGGCUGCCCUCACAGUGGCCUGCAAUGAAUUCUUCUGGGAGAACAGCUGAGCGAACAGCCCUGAGCACCACGCCCUGUUCCCUGUCCUCACCCCUGCCCCCUCCCUGGCUCCCCUGCCCUCGUCCACCCGCCCACUGACACAGUACAGCGCCAGGCCUGCUCUCAGCAUUCAUUAAAGCUCAUCUCUGCCACUCUA